AUGGAAUUUUACAAGCCCGACCACCUAGUCAUUGGCAAUUCCUUUGUUGACUACGCACGCAGGCCGCGUCGCCAGAUCAUGACCAACACCAGCAGGACCCAGGCCAAGCCACGGAAGGGCCCGGCUGCCGCCGUGCAGUGGAGCUCGGACGAGCCCCUGCGGCGGCCCGUCACCCCCGGCGGCCACCGGAUGGGGCCCCCAGUGAAGAAAACCGUCUACCGGAGUGUGUGCCUGUCUCUGGCACUGCUGGUGGGCAUCACCUUGUUCCAGCGCAGCCUGACCCCCGGCCAGUUUCUGCAGGAGCACCUGUCGACCACCCCAGGGCCACAGAAGUCCCAGAAGCCAAGUGGGCACCUGGUGAACCCCAACAGCUUCUGGAAGAACCCAAAGGAGGUGGGCAUCCCCACCCCCACCGCUUCCCGGGGCCCCCAGUUCUGGGACGUGACCACCACCAACUGCUCCGCCAACGUCAACCUGACCCACCAGGUGUGGUUCCCGGGCCUGGAGCCCCACUUCCAGCAGUUUCUGCUCUACCGCCACUGCCGCUACUUCCCGCUGCUGCUGAACCACCCGGAGAAGUGCAGCGGCGACGUCUACCUGCUGAUGGUGGUCAAGUCGGUCAUCACGCAGCACGACCGGCGCGAGGCCAUCCGCCAGACCUGGGGCCGGGAGCAGGGGCCCUCGGGGAGGGGCCAGGGGGCCGUGCGGACGCUCUUCCUCCUGGGGACCGCCUCCAAACAGGAGGAACGGGCCCAUUACCAGCAGCUGCUGGCCUACGAAGACCGUCUCUACGGUGACAUCCUACAGUGGGACUUUCUCGACAGCUUCUUCAACCUGACCCUCAAGGAGAUCCACUUCCUCAAGUGGCUCGACACCUUCUGUCCCAACGUCCCCUUCGUCUUCAAAGGCGACGACGACGUCUUCGUCCACCCCGCGAACCUGCUGGAGUUCCUGGCCGACCGGCAGCCCCACGAGAGCCUGUUUGUGGGGGACGUCCUGCAGAAAGCCCGGCCCAUCCGCAAGAAGGACAACAAGUACUAUAUCCCCAACGCCCUGUACAGCAAGGCCACCUACCCGCCCUACGCCGGGGGCGGGGGCUUCCUCAUGACGGGCGGCCUGGCAAGACGCCUCCACCGCGCCUGCGACAGCCUGGAGCUGUACCCCAUCGACGACGUCUUCCUGGGCAUGUGCCUGGAGGUGCUCGGCGUGCAGCCCCUGGCCCACACGGGCUUCAAGACGUUCGGCAUCUCCAGGAACCGCAACAGCCGCAUGAACAAGGAGCCCUGCUUCUUCCGCUCCAUGCUGGUGGUGCACAAGCUGACGCCCCCAGAGCUGCUGGCCAUGUGGGGCCUGGUACACGGCAACCUCACCUGCUCCCGCAAGCUCCAGCUGCUCUGAGCCCGCAGCCUGGCUGGCCUCCUCCCGUGGCGGGAGCCGCUGGCUGGAGGCUGCCCGCCCCCGUGUGGACACUUCCCCCAGGCACCCUGGAACUGCCCAGCGUGGAGGAGCCGGGACCUCAGCGAGGAGGCAGCCCCAACAGAGGGACCUCCCUGAGAAUGUCCCCCCUCCCAGGUGGCCUGGAGGGGGACCCUGGGCUCACUGUACCUGGCCUGGUGCUGCCUGCUUGGCACCGCAGAAGAUGCUCCUUCCUGGGAAUGCCUCCGUCUCCCGCAGGACCCAGGAGGAGCCACCACCCUGUGCCGGCUCGCAGGAUCCACUCCAUCCCCACACUCCAAGCCGCUGGGUCUGCUGGAAGAAGCCACUGGGCCCCUCCUGGCUGGGCCUGAGCGUGUUCCACCUGUCACUCCGCCCCCCGGAAGGCAUGACAGCCCCUGACUACCUCAGCGUGCCUCAGAACCUCAGGACAGGCUGCACCCCUGUCCCACCACGCCGACACAGGGCGCUGGCCCCCACGCAGUCCGGCUGCUGCCUGACACCCCCAUCCACCUACUACCAAGGCCUAGCUCCCUGGUGGGGAAGGCAGCAGCCUGAGUGGCCUUGGAAUUGAACAUUCCUCUUUCACUGUGAAGUUUUAUUUAUCAAGAAGCUGGAGGAAGAAGACCAUGCUGCAGGAGGGUGUGGACAUCUCCCCAACUCACGCCCCGUCCCCCCCCACACACACCUAUUCCAGUAAAGUCCACCACCCACGAGCACCCUCUGCCCUCCCACCUCUUCCCAACCCUCCCCUGCCUACACCCCCACUUCUCCAGGGCCCAGGCACUGAGGGGUGGGAGGGGCCCGGGGUCCGAGGGGGUGGGCAGAGAAGGAUACCACCUCCUACCUCAGCAC